AGCACUAACCACCGUGUCACUAAACCCUAGAGCACUACUGACCUCUCUCGCUGUAGUAAGUGGCAAAACUAUGGCCAACAGACGAUGCCUUCGAACCCUGACCCUAACCCUAACUCGCCAUGACUCAGCCGUCUUCUCCUCAACCCCAUCCCUCCAACCACCACCACCAUCGUCACCCCUCAAAACCGUAAACCACCAGUACCUCCACACCCUUCCCCUCCCCUCAAAACCUUCUCACAUUCUCCGCAUCCCACAACCCACUUGGCCCCCACAUCCUCGCCACUUCUCCUCCCGCUCCGGAGACGAAGAAGACGAAGAUGACGACGAAGACGAAGACGAGGAGGAGGACGAUGAUGAAGAAAUGGGCGAGAACAGUGAUAGUGAAAAGGUUUCGGUGUCGAAUCGUGUGUAUUCGGCGGAGGAUAAAGAACGCGAGGCGGCCGCUAUUGGGUAUAAAGUGGUGGGGCCUCUCCAGCCUUCUGAUCGGGUUUUUAAACCCUACGAGCCGGUCUUCGCUGUUGUGCAGAUUGGUUCGCACCAGUUCAAGGUGAGCAACGGAGAUUGCAUUUAUACGGAGAGGUUGAAAUUCUGCGAGGUCAAUGACAGGUUGAUCUUGAACAGGGUUCUCCUGAUUGGCUCAACUAGUCAGACCAUUGUUGGUAGGCCGACAUUACCAGAUGUGGCUGUUCAUGCAGUUGUUGAGGAACAUGCAUUGGAUGCAAAGGUAAUCAUAUUUAAGAAAAAAAGAAGAAAAAAUUACCGUAGAACCAAAGGACACCGUCAGGAAUUGACCAGGUUGAGAAUAACUGAUAUUCAAGGAAUCGAGAAACCAGAAAUUCCAGAGGUUGGGAAGUCUGAAAAGGCUGCUCUUAAGAAGCCACAAAAGGUUGCAGUUGCAGCUUAGUGGGGGAUUUUCCUCAUGGUUACAUAUGAUCAAUAAUGGCUUUUCAUGCUUAUAUACCUUUCAAGUUAUGACUUUAAGGUGUUAUAUAAGUGAGCAUGAUCUCAUUUCUAACUUGGUUAAUGUACCUUUUGAAUGUCAUAUCUGGCAUUAUGUCAUCCAACCAUUCUAGUGUUGUAGGAUUGAUAUAUUGGAUCAUUUGAGUUUGUAUUUAUUAGUUUUAACUUGUUGACACCUUUAAGUACCAUCAUUCUUUUGUUCCUAGUGAGAAGAUUUCCAGAUUUUGAAAUAUAACCUCCCUUUGCUUC